GUCGUUUGCGAUCGCGACUCCGGCAACACGGUUAGUGUCGAGUGUACAUUGAGUCGUGGUAAUGGUCUCGCGCCCGUUUUUGUUAGAAAAUAAUAACAACGGUUUAAAUAAUGUGUUUAUAAUUGUGCGUCAACUCACGGUUGUUUUUUUUUUAGUGAUCGUAUUCAAUUAAUAUUUCUUUGUGAAUAAAAUUAGGUAAUCACCGAAAUAAUUAUGGCCGAGGAAUAUAAUUUAGUCGUGGUUUUAUUUGUGUAGUACUAGUACAAGUGGAUAAUACAAAUUCGUUUGAAUUAAGAGUUCUUCAGAAUAACUAAGGUGAAAUUUAUUAGACGGCCUUUUUUCACAGAAACGGACCAAACCAACAACUAAUAUAAUGUAAAUAUAUAACGGGAGUAUCAUUUUUCGUCAAACCUUCGUUCACAAUGUACCGGUCAAAUUUUUAUGAGAGCACGUGCCUGCGUUGCUACCAGACUGUUUACCAGGUGGAUCGGGUCGGUCCGCUGAAGGACUUCACGUUUUUUCACAGUGGAUGUUUUAAGUGCAUUGUUUGCGGUACGAAGUUGACACUGAAAACAUACUACAACAAUCAGCACCGACAAGAAGAUAAAGAGGUAUACUGCUCUAGCCACGUCCCGAAAAUCGGUCCUGGUCACCUGGACGGGACAUCGGUGGGUAUUCGAAGUGCCUUGAACGUGCCCAAGUCUACGACGUUCGUAAAUGACCAGAUACGUGGCAGUGGCAAAGGUACAUUCGACGCCGAAGCACUCAAUAUCAAACAACACUUAAACGGCUUAAUACCAAAUCGUUCGCAAUCUCCACUGUCCACCCCGUACAUCGGAUCAUCCACUCCGGAUACUGGUUACCAGUAUGGCAGGUUCGAUGCCUCCGCCUUGCACAUAGCCCAUGCGCUACGUGCCACCGAAUUACAUAAAUCUUAUACCAACAAGAACGGCAUUCGAGAGAAACCUAUACACUGUUAUCUGGAUAAAGAUGAACAGACUCGAUUAGAAAUGAAACAUCGUAAAGAAGAAGAUGAUUUGUACAGAAAGUUUGCUAAGCAACGGGAAGCUGAAGACAAUCGUAUCAAAGAAGAAAUAAAUAACGAAUGGGAAAGAGAAUUGGAAAGGCUAACCAUUCAAUUUGAAAAGGAACUUCAAACGAAAAGAAAAAGGCCGGAUGAACAAAAAGUUCUCACUUUAAAAUUGCAACAAGAACGGGACAAUCUUGAAAAAAAUAUGACGCUGAGGAGAGAUAAAAAAAAAGAAUCACUGACGAAAAAACUUUUAGAACACGAAAGAGCGGCCACAGCAGCUUUAGUGGAGAAACAAAGCAGCGAAAUGUUGGAGCUAAUUAAUGAGAAGCGGAGUGAGUAUAUGAUGGCCGAAUCGUUGUACAUGGACGAUUCAACAAUACCUGACGAAACAACCGAAGCACUCAAUGACAAUGUACAACCGUAUCCAGGCAAAGCCCCGUUACCACCAUCACCACAUGGUGUAGCUCAAGCUAAGUUCCAAUUGUAUUCAGACCCGUUAGAAUUUGCACACAUCGACCAGAUCGCCAUAUCGGUAGCACAAGAAGACCAAAAAACUUUUACAGACUUAGUUAGGAUGUUAGUUGGAAAAUGCGGUUCGGAUAUAGAAAAAGCUAGGACGAUUUUUCGAUGGAUUACAGUAAAAAAUCUGAACACGAUGAAUUUUGAUGACAAUUUAAGAGGCGAUACACCCAUGGGUUUACUCAGAGGUAUAAAACAUGGAACGGAAAGUUACCACGUUCUAUUUAAACGACUAUGCAGUUACGCUGGUUUGCAUUGUGUUGUCAUCAAAGGAUAUUCAAAAUCUGCCGGCUACCAGCCUGGUGUUCAUUUCGAAGAUAGCCGUUUCCGAAAUUCGUGGAAUGCCGUAUAUGUGGCCGGAGCAUGGCGAUUCGUACAAUGUAAUUGGGGAGCACGGCAUCUAGUCAACGCCAAAGAAGUGCCCAAAGUGGGCGCUAAAGGAAAAUCUGACAGUCUCAGGUAUGAAUACGACGAUCAUUACUUUUUGACGGAUCCUCGAGAGUUCAUCUACGAGUUUUUCCCGCUACAACCUGAAUGGCAAUUGCUAAAAAAUCCUAUCACUCAACGAGACUUUGAAGAUUUACCGUUCGUUAGGUCUCUAUUCUUUAGAUAUGGUCUUUACUUUCCUGAUUCCAACACAAAAGCCGUCAUGUAUACGGAUGCAACAGGAGCUGCUACAGUGCGAAUAGCGAUACCGACCAACAUGCAAUCCAACCUGAUAUUCCACUAUAAUUUAAAAUUUUACGAAAGCGAAGGGGACACCUACGACGGAGUGAGCUUAAAGCGUUUUGUCAUGCAGUCCGUUCUGGGAAAUAUCGUGUCAUUCCGCGUUCAUGCUCCAAACAGUGGAGCGUUCCUGUUGGAUAUAUUUGCCAAUUCAGUAACGCCAAAAGAAUAUUUGACCGGAGAACCUAUGAAGUUUAAGAGCGUGUGCAAGUUUAAAAUCAUAUGCGAAGAAUUACAAACCGUUAUGGUACCCCUACCGGACUGCGCAAGCGGCGAGUGGGGUCCUACUAAAGCUACACGGCUCUUUGGUCUCAUACCUAUAUCGCAUCAGGAUCCGUUAGUAUUUGCUGGUCGUGAACUAGAAAUUCAAUUCCGAAUGUCUAAGCCACUGACAGAUUUUAUGGCUACGUUGCAUAAAAAUGGUGUGGAGGAGAAACGGUUGGCAAAAUAUAUUUCGCACACUAUCAUGGACGAUUUUAUAACAUUCUUAAUUGGAUUUCCUGAAGAAGGUCAAUACGGUUUGGAUGUAUACACAAGAGAGAUAUCAUCUUCAUUGUCAUACAAGCCUGAUGAAAACUACGAACAUCGCCAUACCAACGGUAGCAUAAAUGGUGAAAAACAUUUGCUCACGCAUUGUUGCAAAUAUUUAAUUAACAGUUCAAAACGAAAUUAAUUUUUAAAUGUUAUAUGAAAAUGAUUUUUAAAUAACUGUAUACUGUCUAAAUUGUAUAGGGUACAAAUGUUUACGUAUUUAACUUGAUAUUAUUAUU